GGCAGUCAUGGCAUCUGCGCCGCACCCAGGCUUCCUCCGCUGGCCUCGGAGCCCCCAGAUUCUUUCAUUUUCUCAGUAGCUCCAGGAACAGAACUAAGAGAAGUCAGAAACAAAACAGCUAAACACAACAAAAAGCAGAAGUGGGCGCUCAGAGACUGACCGUCCCUGACGGGUCUGAACCGUGGCGGGUCCAGCCUGGCCUGUGUGUGGGAGAAAUGCCCCAAUUGACCUCAGCUGUGUGGCUGCCCAAAAUACUGUUGCUGCUGCUUUUCUGGCUUCCAGGAGGUUUGAAGGUGCCAUGCUGAGGGCAGAGGUGGAAGGUGCAAAGUCAGCCAUCUGUGGUGGAGGGGGGGGCAGGGGGGCAGGGAGAAGCAUCCUUGAGGGCCAGGAAAGGCUGUGUCCCUCUGAGUGGCCCCAGCACUGUGACAGGCGCUGUGGGGGCAUCCCUAAGUGUGCAGUGUCAGUAUGAGGAGAAAUACAAGAGCAAUGCCAAAUACUGGUGCAGAGACUCGCUGCUGCUGUGUAAACAGAUUGUCGAGACCAGACCCCCAAAAGAAGCUAGGAGUGGCCGAGUGUCCAUCAGGGAUCAUCCAGCCACCCUCACCUUCACAGUGACCAUGGAGAACCUCACCUUGGAGGAUGCAGGCACCUACAAGUGUGGAGUGGAUAUACCGCUUAUCAAUGGCUCCUGGAGGAUAACUGAUUACUCCUUGGGGAUUGAUGACUCCUUCAAGGUUGUGGUGUCUGUGGUUCCAAAUAAACACCCAGCAUCAACACAAGAGACACUUCUGGUGCCCACCAGCCUGGCCACUAGCCUGAUCACCAGUUUGAACACUGAGGGUCCCACCCAAGGAUCUGUGAAGGAACACCAUGAGCACCCUGUGCCCCCGAGCUUGAGUCUCCCAGUGCUGCUGUCUGUGUUAGCUCUUCUGCUGUUCCUGUUGGUGGGGACAUCUCUGCUGGCCUGGAGGAUGUUCCAGAAGCGUCAGUUCAAAGCUGCUAAGCAUCCAGAAGUGUCCCAGAACCUCCGGCAGGCUGCUGAGCAGAGCGAGUCCCAGUAUGUGAAUCUACAGCUGCACACGUUGUCCCUGAGGGAAGAGCCGGCACCACCAAGACAGGUAGAGGUGGAAUACAGCACAGUGGGAUUCCCCCAGGAAGAGCUCCACUAUGCAUCCAUGGCAUUUGACUCAGAGAGGCAGGAUUCUCACACCAAUGGGAAUUCCCCACGGCCACCUCAGAACACAGAAGCAGAGUACAGUGAGGUCCGGAAGCCAAGGGAAGGCCUCUCUGACCCUCACCUGUGACUCCCUGUCACCUGAUCCUCUCAAUGGUGACCCUCAUGUUCCUGACCUGCCUGCAGGCUGCUGCCCUCAAUGUCAUGAGCCUAGCUUGCUUCACUCAAGAUGAGCAGGAACCAAGGCUCCGUGGGGACAGAGGCUUGUCCCCACUGGCUCUCUCUUCUUAGCCUGCAUUUCGUUCUACCUUUGGGUGUGGAAGACAUAGCCGCUGCAUCCCUUGGGGCUUUGGGAAGUGACAUGGUUCAUAUAUAAGGACACUGGUCUUAUCUUUGUAGUGUCCAUCUAGCAGGGAUGUUGAUGAUCUCUGGGGAAUGUGGACAAACCGUGAAGAACCAUGAGAAUGCGAAGAAAGGGGGGUUGCGGAGGCAUGAAACACCAGCUCCCCCAUCUCACAGAGAACCAAAGCCAAGCUCUGAGGGAGGAGCCUGGCCCAUGACUCCAAGGUCAGGGGCAAGUUCCUCUGGACUCUUAGGUAAAAGAUGAAAUAAAGCUUAAAACAUCUUAAAGGGAGA